AUUGUAGUCAUGACUAUCAAGUAUAAACAUCGGCCGUGAUUAUUGACUAUAGUAUAUAGUAGUACCUACAAUUGCUUACGUUGGAGUCUCUUUUACAUUAUUGUAGGUAAUAUCAGAGAAUACAACAAAGUAGGCCUUAGGUUAUAGAUUAUAAAAGAUGAGUCACUUAUGUAUCCCAUAUGAUAUAUACUAUUUCCUGUUGCUUUCCCACCGAUUCUUCCCUCUAUACAUAAACACAUGGAUUAGUCAUAUUAUGUUAAUAUUUGUCUUCAGUUAAAAGUGUAUGUUGAAUGGUUAUGCUAUAUAAUUAUAUAGAUAGAUAUCUACUUACUCUAUAUUUAAUAUAUGUGUAUAACAAUUAAUUCAAUUCUUGACUGUAAUGUCAUAAAUUAUCUACAAUUUUUAGUGUACAUUUUAAUAAUAAGUUAUAUUCAAUGUAAAAAAAUAUUUAUAUAUUUUUAAAAAUAAUAAAUGAUUCAUAAUGAUAAAUUGUAUUUAUGUAGUUUAAUUAAAAUUAAAAAUUGUUAGCAUAAAAUUUAACAAAGUGAGUAUUUUUAGUUACAUAUAAUAUAUUUUAUAAAAUAUAAAAUACAUUUGUAACUUUAUAUCUAUUGAUUGUAAAAUUGAAUUACCUAAUCCAUGAUUUGUCAAAACAAUUUUUUAAUUUUCUUUUUCAAAAUCUUGAGAAAUAAUACUAAAUACUCAACUGCAUUAAUAUUUUAUAGUAUUGUUCAAUUUAUGUUUUCAUAAGUGUCAAUAAAAAUAAAUCAAAGUUGAUAUUAUUACCUUCCUAGAUAGUAAUUAGUAGUUAUUGUACUAUUUAAAUAUACUAAUUUAGAGCUUUUUAUUUUUAUUUUUAACUGACAAUUAAAUAAAAUAUUAAUUAAGUUUGUUAACAUUAUUUUUAAAUUAGAUAAAGUAUAUGUACCAAUAUAAUAUAACUAAUAUCGCUCGUGGUAGAGAAAUCAUUCACUGAUGGCACUCCAUAACAAGGGCAUGUAGAAGUUGUUUUUAACUAAUUAAUUUCUAAUCCAUACAAAAAAAAAUAUGUUUAUUAUUAUAUUAAAAACAAAUACUUUGUUUCUGAAUUUCAACAACUUUAAAUUAAAUUAUAUUUGGUUGGGUAUAUGCAAUUAAUUACCUAUUUGUUUUUUUUUUCGAUGUUAUUUUAAUACUUCAGGAAUAAAUAUGGAUUUAGUAAGCAGUAGCCUUUCAUUUACCAAAAAUACAGUCAAUAAUUUGUUUGGCCCACGUGAACCUUGGCAAGUAGCUUCUAUCACUGCAUCUGGUAUAUUAACAUCUAUUUGGCUAUGGAAUUUUUUACUUCAAGAUGAAAGUAAGUUGUUGUUUAUUUAUUGUUAAAACAAAUUAAAUUAAUUUUUUUUAAACUUCCUAUAAAGUAAUUUUAGAAAUAGUAUCCACAGAAAAAUAAAAAAUCAUUUUAGUUAGGAAAUAGGUAUAUUUGAAGUUUUAAAUUCUUGGAUAAUAAAUAUUAUCUUUGAGGUAUUAACUGAACUUUCAUAAAAUACACUUUUAUAAAAUAAAAAACUAGUAUUUUGUGUACAUAUAUUUUAAAUGUAAUCAAAUUUGUCUCAAAGUUAAUGAAAUUAAUUUUGAUUAGAAUGUACAAGCUGUUAUUAGAUUUAUAUACUAGCAUCAAAUUUAGUGUAAUUUUUUUUAUUUACACUGAAUAACUUUUUAUGAACUGAUUAUCAGGAAAUAGCAUUGUAAUAUUAUAACAAAAUAGGGUACUUUAUACUUUAUACUAAUACUUUAUACUUUUCUUAUAAUAUGUAAAAUUAACUGCUCAUCUUAUAUGCUUUCUACAUAAAAAAAAAUGUAUUUUCCUAUUUAUUUUAAUUGAAGUCUUUAGUUUUACAAUUGCCUUUAAUUCAUUGCAGUAUAAUUAGUGACUCUAAUAUCUCAUACUUUCAAAGACAUUGACCAGAUUUAAUGAUCUCCAAAAUUCUUCCUGUCUUUUGAGGAGAUUCAUGAUUUUAUACCAUAUUUUAUUUGUUUCCAUAAACACUCAAUUAUUUGUAUUUAAGUACAUGUAUGUAUAUUAAAUCAAUACAGUUCUUGUUAUGAUUAAUUUUUCUAUGCAGAAAACCUUCUUUAGUCCAAAUAUCUGGUUUCAUUAAAAUAAAAAUAUGUCCAGUAUUAAAAGAUUACCUCUUAAUUCAUAAAGUUAGGGCAAAUUGGAAACUUUAAUGAAUGUUAUGCAUAUGACACGUAUGCCUAAAUUAGUAUAAUUAUAAUUAUAUACUUAUAUAAAUAAUACCUAAUAUUAAGGUGUAGUUUAACUAUAUGUUUUCAUUACUUAAAUAUUAACAAUAAUAUUAAUAUUAUGAGUACCUAUACAAUAAAGGAAAUAAUGUUAAAAAUAUAAGUAUACAUUUAUGCAUGAUAAAAGAGUGGAGUGAGAAUACCUUCUAUAAGGACACCAAAUAAACCAGUACCUUAGUUCUUUAUAACUAUUUUUAUAUUUGUUUUAAAAUUAUAUCCCAACUGUAAUGUUUCAAUUAUAAUUGAAUUACAUUUCAGGUUUAUAUAAUAGACUAAAAACAUUCACAUUUACUCAAAUUAAGAAAAUACCUAAAUUCAAAAAAAAAAUAGAGGAAGAAACUAAAAUAAUUUCAGACUUAUUUGAAAAUGAAAUAAUAGAAAAUACUAAGGGUGAAAAAUAUAUUAUUGAACUUCCAUCACAAGGAAUAUCUCAAGAUGAAUUAAUCAAAACUGUAAAUAGGUAUUUAAAUCUUGGUGAGCUAUAUUAUUUUUUUAUUGUCUGCAUUAUAACUAAAAUAUAUUGUAUUGUUUAGGUAAAUAUAAUUGGAAAGAAGGAUUUAUUUCUGGUGCUAUAUAUUAUUAUGAUGAAAAAUUAAUUCAGUUCCUUACCCAAGUGUAUGGUCUUGCUUCAUACACAAAUCCUUUACAUUCAGAUAUAUUUCCAGGAAUUUGUAAAAUGGAAGCGGAAGUUGUACGCUUUGUUGUAAAUUUAUUUCAUGGUGAUUCAAAUGCUUGUGGAACAGUAUGCAUUUUGUAUAAAAAUAUUAUAAUAUAAAUUAUUUAUUUUAAAAUUUGAUUAGUAUUCUUGGUAAAUUACGGUUUUAAAUUGUUUUAUUUUAAGAUGACAAGUGGUGGAACAGAAUCAAUAAUUAUGGCAUGUAAAGCCUAUAGAGAUUUUGGAAGAAAUGAACAUGGUAUUAAAAAUGGUGUAAUAAUAGUUCCACGUUCAGCCCAUCCUGCAUUUGAUAAAGCAGCAUCAUAUUUUGGUGUUAGAAUUAUACAUAUUGAUUUAAAUCCUGAAACUUUCACAGUUGAUUUAAAAAAAAUGGAAAAUGCAAUAACUAAAAAUACAUUAAUGGUAAACUAAUUGUGUUUUGGCCAUUUUUUAAAUAAUUCAUUUUAAAAAUGGAGUACUUGUAGAAAUUUAUACAGAAUAGCAUUAUCUUGUUAAAUGAUAAUUUAUUCUAACUAGAUACUUCAAAAAGUAUUAAAUGAAAAUAAUUACAUCUUUAUAAAAUUAAAAGUCCUGAGCUUCAUUAAAAUGAACUAUUUAUCACCAUCAUUAAAUUAUACUUAUACUCAAAUAUUUUUUUGUUUAAAGUGUGUUCAUUUAAUACAAAUAAUCAGUUUAAUAGAAUCAAUAUACCUGUACACUAACAAUCAUAUUUAAUUUAACUUUAUAUUUACAUUAGUUCUUAAAUUACUAAUUUAUGGUUAUUUAUAUACUUACAGUUAGUUGGAUCAUUUCCUAAUUUUCCUUAUGGAACAUCAGAUGAUAUAAAGGCAAUUUCAGCUUUAGGUCUUAAGUAUAAUAUUCCAGUUCAUGUUGAUUGUUGUUUAGGAGGUUUCAUUGCAGCAUUCAUGCCUCAAGCUGGUUUUUCUCUGCCUCCAUUUGAUUUUAACUUGGCCGGUGUUACAAGUAUAUCUGCAGAUACACAUAAAGUAAUUGUUAUUAAAUCAAACAUUCUCUUAUUUAAAAUGUAUUUUAUUUGUAUACUUAAUAUAAUUAUUAUAUAAAACAGUAUGGUUAUGCUCCAAAAGGUUCAUCAGUUAUUUUGUAUUCAAAUAAAAAAUAUAGACAUAGCCAAUAUUAUGUCUCUACAGAAUGGCCUGGUGGUCAUUAUGGUUCCCCAACUGUGAGCGGAUCAAGAUCUGGAGGUAAUUAUAUACUUAUACAGACAUUAUUUUAUAAUCAUUAAAUGCCAUUUAAAUAAGAAUUUGAUAAUAUAAAUAAUAAUAAAUAUAUAUUUACUUGUUACUGUUUAAUAUUAAAACAGCAAUGUUUUAGGUAUAAUUGCUGCUUGCUGGGCUACAUUAAUGUAUUUUGGUAUGAAUGGUUAUAUCACUUCAACAAAAGAAAUAAUGGGAACUAAAAUAUUUAUUGAAGAACAGUAAGUUAAAAUUAAUAUUAUAACUCAUUAAAUUAUAUAGUAUGAACAAUUAAAAUAUCAAAUAAAUUUAACUAUUAAUAAUAUUGUGUUUUCUGUAAUUUUAGUAAAAUUUAAUUUUUGAGUAAUAUACUUAAACAUUUUUUUUUAAAUUAGUCAAUUAAUAACUAUUAGGAGUUAUUAGAGCACAAGAAGCAGCAAUAUAGCAUAAACGUGAAAAAUAGUAAACAAAAUGAAAGGAAAUAAACUAAGGUGGUUUAGGCAUGUUAAAAUCGAAAGCAAUAAGAAUAGUAAUGAAAAUAAAUGUUGGUGGAAAAAGAGAACUAAAAAAGAAUUAGUUUGAUUGAAAAUAUUAUGACCAUGUGGCAAUUGAGCCAACUAGAAUUUUAGGACGAGGGUCCCCCACCUAAAUAGUUUGGGAUAAAGGUGUAGGAGAAAAAAGUAAAUUAUUAAAAUAAAUUAAUAAAUAAAUAAAUUUCAACACCAAAAUAUAUUUAAAGUAAAACUUUAUUUAUUAAAUUUGUAAUGUAAGUUGCUAGUUGAUACCUCCAAAAAUAAGAAAUUCACAAAAUAAUAGAAAUGUAACAUUUUAAAGUUUCUUACAUUAAAAAACUAUUUCUGAAAAAGUUAAUACUUCAUAAAUAAAAAUAAAUGUCUUACAGUAUGUUAAUCACCCUGUUUAUGAUAUAAAUAUAUAUUUUUAUAAAAUUAUCCAAAAAUGGUGUACUCUACAUAAUUUUGUAUAGCCAAUUGCCUUAGAACUAACUGCUAUGUUCAAUAUUUCAGUUAGUUUUUCAGACUAUAAUAAUUAGUGGUGAACUGUGAUAUGACUUUUAAAAUAUUUUGAUUCUUAUUACUAAUAUGAAACUAAUAACCAAUAUGAUAUUUGAAAUCAAAAUGCAUGAGUUUAUUUACUUAACUAUUACUGCAUACUCGUCACUAAUACUAAAUAAUAAUGAAAAAUUAAAUAUUUUUACUUUCAAAAUUAUUUAAAUAAUGAAUUAAAUAACUAUACUUCUAGAUUACGUAAUAUGGAGGGCAUUUUCAUUUUUGGAAAUCCUACUACAUCUGUGAUAGCAAUAGGAUCAAAUAUUUUCAAUAUCUAUCGAUUGUCUGAUGGAUUAAAUGCAAGAGGAUGGAACUUGAAUACUUUACAAUUUCCAAUUGGGUAAGUGUAAUUUGGUAUAAGAAUUAAUAAUACAGAUAUAUGGAUAUAAAUACAAGGUAGAGACCGGGCUCCAAUUCCAAAUUAUUAAUAUAAAUUAAAUUAAAUUUACUACAUUUUUAACUUAUUUUGUGUCCAUUAAAUAUAAUUUGUAGGAUUCAUAUUUGUGUUACACAUUUACAUACUAAACCUGGUGUAGCUUCAUUAUUUGUGGAAGAUUUAAGAAAAGAAUUGAUCGAAAUAUUAAAAACUCCAAAUGUUGAACUUACUGGAAAAGUAAUUAUUGAUAAUACUAUAGAUGGUAUCAAAUUUGUUUUAAUAUUGAAUAUUUUUAUUUUAUAGAUGGCUAUGUAUGGAAUGUCAGCUACAUUACCUGAUAGAACUAUAGUCGGUGAUAUCACAAGAUAUUUUAUAGAUGCAAUGUAUUACACUCCAACCUAAUAUUUAAAAUUUACAUGCAUGUAAGGCUAUAUAUACAUAAUUGGUUUUGGUUUUUUUCAGUUAAAACUAUUUAUUAUUUAUUGUUAGUAGGUUUAUUCAAAGGUAAUUCUUAUUUAUGGAGUAAAGUUGGUACAUACACUAUUCAAAAACAUAUAAUAUUUAAUAAAAUGCCUAUAAUAUAAAAUAUUAUUAUGCAUUAUUAUUUUUAAAGUAAUGAUAAAUCAUCUAUUAUAAAAAAGAGCAAAUUAAAAGAAAACAAUUUUUAACCAAAUAUUUCAUGAUAUUCCAUUUAUACAUAAAUAAAGAUAGGGAUUUGCAUACAAAGAGGUAUCUACUAAAAAGAUACAAUUUCAUAAAUGUGUUUGUGUUCUUACGAGGCUGACAAAAAACUUGCAUUUCUAUAAAUAAGAGAUACAUAAUAAAAAAUACAGUUAUAAUAGUAAUACUAAUUUAUUUUCUUUAUUGAGUAAGGAAAAAAAAUGUGAUUUUUCUAAUUUAUGUUUCAACCUGAAAUAAAUAUAAUUACUAUUACUAUGUAAAUAUUAUUAUUUAACUAGGUAUCAAAUUUUGAAAAAAAAAAAUACAGUAUAAAUAUUUAUUAGUUCAACUGGUCAUACAAGUUUAGGAAAAACAAACUGUGUAAAAUCAAGCUAUAUUUGAGCAAUAUUUUUUCUUUUUCUUCAUCCCAAUUAUUUAGUGUCGGCCACCUUUCUAAACUUCCAUUUGAAAUGUUAUAUAUAUACGACAAUCCUUAGUUUACUAACCAGAAGAAAUUUAAAUUUUUUCAGACAUAACACUAAGUUCAAUCCACAAUUUUUGUAGAUAUUCUUCCUUAGGAAAAUGAUAAAGAAUUAGUUUCAUUUCUGCAAUUUUUGAUGUACGACUGUCACUCGUCUAGUUUAUUACUAUGCACACAGGCAUUAUAAAAAAAACAUAAAUAAUGAAAAC